AUGAACCGGAACCCUGCAACUUUCAAGCUUGACAUCUCCCCUUCUCUCGUGCCUGAUCUGUUGUUUGCCGAUAAACAAUGGCUGGGGGUUAAGAUGCAUGGCGUGAUAGAGUUCAAAGCCACUCCUGGCGAAGGACUUUUCCGUCCUUAUAGACGAAGUGCCAGAAGAACAAAAUCCGGUUGCCUGAGCUGUCGCACCCGCCAUACCAAAUGCGAUGAACUGAAGCCAAUCUGUGGUGGUUGCGUACGCAAUCAUCUACUUUGUUCUUGGCCUGCAAGUUCAAGGGUGAACUGUCCCUUGGGUCCCGAAACAGCCAAGGAUCUAGCCCUUACUCAGCACACUACUUCUUCAUAUCAGCUGCAAAUCUCUAGUCCAGAGUAUGCACUCUCACAAUGGCCUCGCCUGAAAAAAAGACCCACUGAGCAGAGGCUUCUCCAUCACUACAUUGAGAGAUCGGUGAAACGUCUCGUGGUCAAAAACAGUGUCGAGAAUCCGUUCCUCGUCUAUCUUUUGCCUCUUGCCCAGCAAAACGAAGGCUUUCUUCAUGCUGCCUUGGCUAUAAGUGCUUCUCACUUGUCCUAUGAUAAUACAAAAUCACACGUUGUUGCCCUUACGCACUACGGAAUUGCCUUGCGAGCCGCAAAGUACUUGAUCACAGAUUUUGGAAGUGGAUUCAGAAAGAACCCCAUAGAGAUCAUCAUGAUGCUCUUGGUUCUCUGUAAUUACGAGGUCGUCGACGGAAACAUGGAAGGCGCAGUGAUGCAGCACAUAUUGCCGUGUUCCACUCUACUGGUUUCACACAACGACCUUCUGAGCAAGAUUGAUGAAAAUUGUGCGUGCUUUAUCGCAGAGCAAUACAUGGCUUUUCAUAUCAUGAAUCAUCAUUUCGGUCUUGAAAUCAAUGGUAUGGCAAAUCAAUCCCUGGAUCUGUCGUCAUACUAUCAUGGCCGAUCCUCUUCGUGCGCAUAUGGUUUAUUCGAGAUGAUUCCACAAAUCUCUAUCUUUGCGCGAAGGGUACCGUUCUCUCACCCCAGACAUCUUGACCACGCCAUUCUGAAUGAAUUUCAUACCAUCGAACAAGAGAUCUUGUCAUGGGAGGUGCCAGAACCAUUGGCUUACAGAACGCAUGCCUGGCCAGCACCGGACAGGGAUGAAAUAACAGCAGCUCUUUUCCUGCAGAUGGCACUGAUCAUCACUCUUCAAUGUGCCCUGAGUGGUCCUGGAAUGCCUGAGCCCAGCAUUCGAAGGCAAAUCGAUGUUACUUUAUGCGAAGCCCUCCUGUUGCUGAAAGAAUUGUCGCCAUCAAGUAUGGCAUGGGCAAUGCUUCUAUGGCCUCUUGCUCAUAUUGGAUCGUGCAUAACAUCCAAAAAGGAGCAAGAAGACUAUGUGUCACUAAUACCCAGCAUGGAGAACAAAGUCCGCAGCUGCACCGUCUCUAUCUCAGUCCUGUUCAAGCUGUGGCAAUCCGCUCAGGAAGAUGACAGGUACUAUGGGCCUUACGGGAUUUGGGAGUUCAUGCGAAGGGAGGGAAUUCAGCCUUGUAUAGGGUAG